GAGAGAGAAAAAAUAGAAAAAAAAGAAACAGGAGAGAGAGAGAGAGAGAGAGAGAGAGAGAGGGAACCACCAUCUUCCUCCUCCGACGAUGAGCGGAUCCUGACAGGAAACCGCCCGUGCUGCCGCCACAUUUUCUGUGAUCUCUCCUCGUCUGCCUUCCGUUCCCCUUUCCGAUGGAGGCCCUGACGGAGCUCUGCGACCUGGUCGCGCAGAACCCGGACCUGCUGGCCGACAAGCUCGCCUGGAUCUGCUCCCGCUGCCCUCCUUCCCCAUCCCCCCACCGCGCCUCCCGCUCCCAACUCCACGCCCUCCUCGCCCUCGCCCGCCUCCUCUCCCUCCGCCCCCUCCCCCCCUCUUCUUCUUCUUCUUCUUCCGCCCCCCUCCUCGACUUCCUCCGCUCCUUCCCCUCCUCCGCCCUCCGCCCCUCCUUCUGGCCCCAGUCCUUCCCCCCCGGCCCCUUCCUCUCCGAUCUCCUCCGCUUCGCCUCCCUCGCCCCCGACCUCGCCUCCCCCCUCUCCUCCUUCUUCGCCUCCACCCUCCUCUCCGUCCUCGACGCCGACGCCGACGCCGACCCCGACCCCGCCAUCGCCCGCGCCUUCCUCUCCGCCGUGGCCCAAAACUGCCCCCCCGUUGCCCCCGCUGAUGCCGACCGCCUCGCCGCCCGCCUCCUCGACGAGUUCUCCUCCUACUCCUACUUCUACUCCUCCGAUCACAACGCCUCAUCGUUGCAGAGCACCCCAUCCAAAGGCAAAGCCAAGGAAGAGGAUCAUCACCGGGAAAUUGCCGAUGAUGCGGCGAGCGAGGCGUCGUCCUUGUCGAAGGGCGAUGCCGGCGGAGGCGCCAAUGGGCGGCGGAGCAGUGUUGGAUCAGGCGAGGGAAGCGGAAUUGGAGGGGAAGGGGCAGGAGAGUGUUCUCCGGCGGUGGUCCGGCAGGAAGUGGUGGCAUUUGAGGAGGAGGCGAUCGAGGGACUGGAGAGGCAGGAGAUGGCGUUCAGGUUGUUCGGGCAGAUUCUCGAUCGGGUGGGGAGCAGCAUCAAGACUGAGCAUUUGGAGCGGAUCAGGGAAUUGGCCGCGAAACAGCUCAAGUCUUUGCCGGCUUUCCUCAAGAUUCGGAAGCGUGAUUGGAGAGAUCAGGGUGCGCAGCUAAAAGCUAGAAUAAAUACGAAGGUAUCAUGCUGUCAAGCGGCAACUACGGUGCAAAUCAAGAGUCUUCUUUCUUUGGACACAGACGGUAAGUCUUCCAAGGAUGCAUUGCGUCGAACUCUCGCACUGCUUCUAGAUGCUGCAGAAGCCUGCAUUCUAUCCUCUUGGCGGAAAUUGAAGAUCUGUGAGGAGCUAUUCAGCACAUUGCUCAAUGGAAUAAGCGAAAUAACAGUCUCUCGUGGGGGCCAGCUGUUGCGAGUAUUGCUUAUUCCCUUGAAGCCACUGGUUCUAACCACAUGUGCUCAGGCUGAUAUGUCGGGGAAUAAUCCGGGUGCAAUGUUCGAGGCUGUUACAAAGUUAAGCUGCGAGAUUAUCGAGUUUGGCUGGAGCAAGGAUAGGGCUCUUGUCGACACUUUUAUCAUGGGUUUAGCUGCAUGCAUUCGUGAACGAAAUGAUUAUGAAGAACAGGAAGGAAAAGAAAAACAGGCAGCUCCUGUUGUCCAGCUGAAUCUUAUUCGUCUUCUUGCUGAACUGUGUGUUUCUGUUAAUAAAUGGGAAGUUGUUGACAUGAUUUUGCCACUGUUCAUUGAAAAUUUGGAAGAGGGGGAUGCUUCAUCUCCAGGUUUAUUGCGUCUCCGACUACUAGAUGCAGUAUCUCGUGUGGCUUCUUUAGGUUUUGAGAAGUCUUAUCGUGAGACUGUUGUCCUUAUGACGAGAAGCUAUUUAGAUAAAGUUAAAACUUUAGGAGCGGUCGAAAGCAACACAAUUCCACCAGAAGCCACAACCGAGCGGAUUGAGACUCUUCCUGCAGGAUUUCUUCUGGUAGCUUCUCAUCUAACAAGCCUGAAAUUGAGGUCUGACUAUCGUCAUCGGCUAUUAUCUUUGUGCUCUGAUGUGGGACUAGCUGCUGAAUCCCAAAGUGGAAGGAGUGGUGCUGAUUUCAUGGGCCCAUUGCUCCCUGCGGUUGCUGAAAUAUGCUCUGAUUUCGAUCCUUCUUCAAAUGUUGAACCUUCGGUCUUGAAAUUGUUUCGCAACCUCUGGUUCUAUAUUGUUUUAUUUGGGUUAGCUCCUCCUAUUCAACAAAAUCAGAUGCCUUCAAAAUUUGUUUCCACUUCAUUAAAUAGCGUAGGAAGCAUUAGUGCUAUUGCUCUUCAAGCUGUGGUUGGGCCAUACAUGUGGAACAGUCAGUGGGCUGUAGCGGUGCAACGGAUUGCACAAGGAACUCCACCCUUGGUUGUCAGCUCAGUAAAAUGGCUUGAAGAUGAGUUAGAACUGAAUGCUCUCCACAACCCUGGUAGUCGUCAAGGUAGUGGCAAUGAGAAGGCCGCUGUCGCGCAAAGAGCUGCUCUCUCUGCUGCUUUAGGUGGUCGAGUUGAGGUAGCGGCAAUGGGUACAAUUUCAGGUGUUAAGGCUACAUACCUCCUUGCAGUUGCCUUUUUGGAGAUAAUACGUUUUAGUUGUAAUGGUGGCAUUGUUUCUACAGCCCCUUCCAAUAAAUCAAGAAGUGCAUUCAGUUGUGUGUUCGAAUACCUUCUCACACCGAACUUGGUGCCUGCAGUGUUUCAAUGUUUGACUGCAAUUGUUUAUAGGGCUUUCGAAACAGCGGUGGCGUGGCUGGAGGAUAGAGUAUCUGAUAUAGGACAAGAGGCGGAUGUAAGGGAAUCAGUUCUGUCUGCUCAUGCAUGCUUCCUCAUAAAGAACAUGUCCCAAAAGGACGAACAUGUUCGUGAUAUUACUGUCAACUUAUUAACUCAGCUGAAGGAAAGGUUUCCACAGGUCUUGUGGAACUCAUCGUGCUUGGAUUUGCUUCUAAUUUCAGUUCAUAAUGAACUACCUUCUAAUCAUGUUAAUGAUCCUGCCUGGGUUGCUACUAUCCGUUCUUUGUAUCAAAAGAUUGCUCGGGAAUGGAUAACUAAUGCACUUUCAUACGCUCCGUGCACUACCCAAGGGCUUCUACAGGAAAAUCUUUGCAAGGCAAAUGCUUUGCAAAGAACACAACAUGCAUCGGAUGUGGUUUCCCUCUUAUCUGAGAUACGUAUUUCUAGUGGCAAGAAUGAUUGGACUGGUAUUAGGACUGCUAACAUCCCUGCAGUCAUAGAUUCUGCUACAGCAGCAUCGGGAGCAAAGAAAGAGGUCUCAGAAGGUUUCAUUCUCGAAGUACUCUCAACUGCGGUGGUGAGUGCAACUGUAAAAUGCAACCAUGCUGGGGAGAUUGCUGGUAUGAGAAGGCUCUAUAAUAGUAUUGGGGGUUUCCAGAUGGGCAUUUUGCCUUUGAGUUCAGCAUUUGGUUUUGGUCCUCAACAGACGAAUACUGAGAAGGAGUCAUUUAAUAUGGUUCUUCUUAUGAAAUUUGUUCAUCUUCUUCAACAAUUCGUUGGUACUGCAGAGAAAGGUUUACUGGUAGAUAAAUCCUUGUUUCGGGAAACUUGUUCUCAGGCUACUGCGUUACUUCUCUCACACAUGGAUUCUGACUCAAAAUUAAAUCUGGAAGGGUUUGCUCAGCUCUUACGGCUUCUUUGUUGGUGUCCUGCGUAUAUCUCGACCCCAGAUGCAAUGGAGACCGGGAUAUUUAUCUGGACAUGGCUUGUCUCUGCAGCACCUUCAUUAGGCUCGCUUGUCCUUGCGGAGCUUGUAGAUGCCUGGUUGUGGACAAUAGAUACAAAACGUGGUUUAUUUGCAUCUGAUAUGAGGUUUGCGGGUCCAGCUGCGAAAUUGAGGCCCCAUCUUGUUCCUGGUGAGCCUGAGAUGCCCCCUGAAAAGGACCCUGUGGAAGGAUUAAUUGCCCAUAGACUUUGGCUUGGUUUUUUUAUCGACCGUUUUGAGGUUGUUCGACACGACAGCAUUGAGCAACUUUUACUUCUUGGUCGGAUGCUGCAAGGAACGAUGAAGUCCCCCCGGCAUUUCUCUCGCCAUCCUGCUGCUGCUGGUACAUUUUUCACUGCAAUGCUCCUCGGGUUGAAGUUCUGUUCAUGCCAAUACCAGAGUAAUUUGCAGAAAUGUAAAUUGGGGCUUCAGUUGUUGGAGGACAGGGUAUACCGUGCUGCUUUGGGAUGGUUUGCGUAUGCGCCCGAUUGGUACGAAACAAAUAGCAAGAGCUUCGCACUGAGUGAGGCUCAAUCUAUUUCAAUAUUUGUCCAUUAUCUUUUGAACGAUCGACUCGAUGGUUCUGCUGAUUCAUCAUUAAAGGCACGAGGACGUGAAAGUGAAUUGAGUAACAUGGCUGAUCUUUGCCAUCCUGUUUGGGGUAUGAUGAACAAUUACACUCUUGGACGGGAGAAGCGCAAGCAGUUGCUUUUAAUGCUUUGCCAGCAUGAAGCUGACAGGCUUGAAGUCUGGGCACAACCGAUUAAUUUGAAGGAAAGCACUUCAUCUCGCAGCAAAAUUAGCUCGGAUAAAUGGAUUGAGCAUGUUAGAACUGCAUUUGCUGUGGAUCCUCGUAUCGCUCUCUCUCUAACUGCAAGAUUUCCUACUAAUUCAACUGUGACAGCUGAAGUUACCCAGUUGGUUCAAACACACAUAUUAGAGAUUCGUACCAUACCAGAAGCGUUACCUUUCUUCGUCACUCCAAAGGCGGUUGAAGAAAAUUCAGUCUUAUUGCAACAAUUGCCGCACUGGGCUUCAUGUUCUAUUACUCAAGCCCUGGAGUUCCUGACUCCUCCAUACAAAGGGCAUCUGCGUGUGAUGGCUUAUGUUCUUAGAGUCUUGGAGUCGUAUCCGCCUGAACGUGUUACCUUUUUCAUGCCGCAACUAGUACAAGCUCUCCGCUAUGAUGAAGGGAAGUUAGUUGAAGGAUACUUGCUUGGAGCUGCUCGCAGAAGUAACAUAUUUGCUCAUAUCCUGAUAUGGCAUCUUCAGGGCGAGUCUUGUGAUCAGGAAUCUGGAAAGGAAGUAGCUGUUCCUAAGAGUAAUUCCUUCCAAGCAAUGCUCCCUGCUGUAAGAGAGAAAAUCAUUGCAAGUUUCACUCCUGAGGCUCGUGAUUUGUUUGAAAGAGAGUUUAGAUUUUUCGACAAAGUCACGUCUAUUUCUGGUGUUCUUUUUCCUCUGCCUAAGGAAGAACGCAGAGCCGGUAUUAGAAGGGAGUUGGAGAAGAUUAGCGUUGAGGGUGAUGACCUCUAUUUACCCACUGCGCCAAACAAGAUUGUUCGAGGCAUUCAGUUGGAUAGUGGAAUUCCCCUUCAAUCAGCAGCAAAAGUUCCUAUAAUGAUUACCUUUAAUGUGGUGGACAGAGACGGGGAUCCCAAUGAUGUAAAGCCACAGGCUUGUAUUUUUAAGGUUGUUCCUAAUACAAGGAGCAGAAACCAAAUGGGUGAAACCACUGAUGGUGGGUUGUAUGAGAUUUUCCAGCAAGAUUAUGGCCCUGUGGGUUCUUCAUCUUUUGAAGCUGCUCGUGAAAUGUUUAUGAUCAGCAGUGCUGGUUAUGCUGUUGCUAGCUUAUUACUUCAACCAAAGGAUCGGCAUAAUGGAAAUCUUCUUUUUGACAACCAGGGAAGGCUAGUUCAUAUAGAUUUUGGGUUCAUAUUGGAGACUUCACCAGGGGGAAAUAUGCGAUUUGAAAGUGCGCAGUUCAAGUUGAGUCAUGAAAUGACUCAAUUGCUUGACCCUUCUGGAUCGAUGAAGAGUGACACCUGGAACCAGUUUGUCAGUUUGUGCGUGAAAGGAUACCUCGCGGCGCGGCGACACAUGAAUGGGAUUAUAACCACUGUGCUAUUAAUGGUGGACAGUGGUCUCCCCUGCUUUAGCAGGGGCGAUCCUAUCGGCAACCUUAGGAAACGAUUCCACCCUGAGAUGAACGAUCGUGAGGCAGCUAAUUUCAUGAUCCGGACAUGUGUUGAUGCUUACAACAAGUGGACCACUGCUGGGUAUGACUUGAUUCAGUACUUGCAGCAAGGAAUUGAGAAAUAGUUGCCGCCCUUUUAUUUCUCUUGAUUUUUAUUGUAACAUAGUGCAAGAAGCAUUUCUUACCACUAAUUUCUUUUCUCAUGUAGUGUAAUUUAUUGAGGGGUUUCUGUUGUUUGAGGUUGAGAAAUGUAGCAGGGUGUCAGACAAAAAUUAUAAAACAUAUGAUGGGAAUCGAUUUAAUAUUAUCUUUUUCCCGCGUCGAAAAUUGGUAUGCGAUUUCGAACAGAACUAUAGCUAAUGAGGGCCAUGUUGUGUUGAUAUUUUAGACUCGGAUAUCGAGUAUGUAGUGAAAAUAUUGUGUUGUAAUUUAAUUACGGCAUCAUCGGUUGGCUA